AUGGUUGGCACUAGGAAGAGGAUAGGGUCCGUGAUGAAAGCAAAGACGGGCCCAAGGCCGAGGAAGGUUACUCCGGCGAUUCCCCUGAGAAGGUCGAUCAAGAAGGAAGAAUUGGAAAAUAAGGAAUUGAUUCCAAUGGGUGUUGCUUCGGAGUACACGUUAAGGAAGAGGAUUCCAAAAAAGUUUAUUACAAGUCAUGGAAACAAUCUGUCAAAUCCUGUAUUCCUCAAGGUUCCAACUGGUGCUGUAUGGACAAUAGAGUUGGUACAUUCUGAUGGGGAUGUUUGGCUGCAAAAUGGCUGGAAAGAAUUCAAAGAGUACUAUUCUAUAGAUUAUGGACACAUGUUGGUAUUUAAGUACGAUGGAAAUUCCCAUUUUCAUGUUCAUAUAUUUGAUACGAGUGCAUCAGAGAUAGAAUACCCAAGUGAUGCUUAUGUUGAACAAACCAACAACAACAUGGGAUGCCAAAUGCCCAAUACGGAUGCUAUUGAGGUUGGUGAUUCUGUCGAAAUCUUGAAUCAUUUUCCAACAUACCAGACAAGGGAGGAAAUUAAUGGGGUGAAGUCUGACGAAUGCAGCGGAAGCAUGGCUACUAUAUCAAGGAACCUGCAUAACAAGUCUCCUGAAAGAAGGCCUAAAGUGUCUGCUGAUGAAAAAAAGAGAGCCCUUGGAAAAGCCAAAGCUUAUAAAUCGAAAGAUCCCUUUUUCGUGGUUGUCAUGCAACCAUCUUAUGUUGAAGGCAGAUGCAAUUUGAAUAUACCGGUUGCCUUUGCCAGGAAAUAUUUGUCUCAUAACCAGAGAAUCAUACUUGGGGAUUCCAAUGGGACAACAUGGUCUGCUGAGUGCUGUUUUGUGUCAGGAUGGGCAAAACUCAGUUCUGGUUGGAAAUCAUUCGCAUCGGACAAUCAUCUUCAAGUAGGUGAUGUUUGUGUCUUUCAGCUCACUGAGGGCAUCCAAACUACGCUGAAAGUCAUCAUAUUUCCUGCCAAAAAGUUCUCUUUCUCUGAUAAGUCCCCACAGUUCUUCAAAGUUUAUAUCCCGGAACAGAGCUCUCAACGACUGCGAAUUCCACCAGCAUUCCUUAAGCAUUUUGAUGGAGUUUUACCUUCCAAGUCUAUAAUUAGGAGUCAUGCAAGCAGAUCGUGGCGGGUUGAAGUGAGAAAGGUUGAUAACAAUCUGUAUUUUGAAAAGGGUUGGCAUGAAUUUGUGGAAGACAAUUCAUUAGAGUUCGGAGAUUUCCUAGUAUUUUGUUAUGGUGGUGAUUCAAUCUUUUUUGUUAAAGUAUUUGGUAAAAAUGGCUGUCACAAGGAGCUGCAAAAAAUUAAUAGAACUUCACAUCGGAGGGGUUUCAUGGCUGUUCAAGAGAAUGAUAAAUCUCUGAAACCUCCUGGGAAGUCUCUCUCUUCAUACCCUUCCUUCCAAGUUGUAAUGCAGAAAGCUUAUGUGGACAAGAGUUUUCUGAUACCAAGCAUUAGAAACCAGAAUACUUAUAUGCAGCAUUUACCAAUUGUGAUAUGGUGCACUAACAAACAUGCCUCAAAACUGAUAACUCAUAUACCAUUGAGCUUCGUCAUGAGCUACAUCAAAAAGGGUAGACAGGAUGCUAUUCUUCGCGUUUCAGCAAAGUCAUGGGAUGUGAAAUUGAUUCGUCUUAUGAAUGGCGUAUACAGGAUUGGUAGAGGUUGGCGCGCAUUUUGUAAGGAUAACACACUGCAAGUGGGAGAUGUUUGUGUCUUUGAGCUAAUUGAGAGAGAUGAUUUUGUGCUAAAAGUCUCUGUUUCGAGAUCUAGUAAUUGA